UGUCUAACGAGACUGUUCGUGCUCAGUGCACUCGCCCCAGUCAUGGCUUACCCGGAAGGGCUUCCGGAAUGCACAACACACUGCAUGUCCACCGAGCUCGUGGGCACCGCCUGCAACGCAACCGAUAUGCCCUGCCUGUGUGCCCACGAAAACCUCCAGCAAAAAAUCACCGCGUGUAUGUUCACGACAUGCACAAUGAAGGAGUCUCUUGGUACGAUCAUUGCGCCCGACCCCGAAAUCCAGACUGACGCGAGAUUAGCCACGCGGAACAUCACCGGCAACCUCUGUCAUGUCCCCACUCGCGACCACGGCAAGAUUAGUUUGAUCAUCACAUCUGUUUUUGGAAUUCCUGCCCUACUAGUAACGGUAAUUCGGGCAUCGCAGUUUGUGCAUCAGUUUGGGCUGGAAGAUGUCUUCGCGGUUAUCGCCAUGGUAUAUCACUCCGGAGAUCGAAAUCUGCUCGGGUGCUACACUUCUAACACUCGGUUAGAUCGCGGGAAUCCAAUCCAUUAUGGCUUCGGACGUGAUAUAUGGACCAUCCCAUACGACAACCUGACAUCCAUCUUGAAACUCAAUUGGAUCAAUCAAAUGUUUUACAUGGUGUGUAUGUCGGCAGCCAAGUUGGCUUUCCUGUGCCUUUAUUUGCGCAUCUUCUUCAACCCGACCCUUCGACGAGCCAUUUUCAUUCUCAUGGGGAUUGUCAUGGUCUACUUCUUAUCCUUCUUCUUUCUCAUCGUCUUCCACUGUACCCCGGUAUCAUACGUCUGGACCAGCUGGACCGGUGAAACUCAGGGAUCCUGCAUUAGCUACAACGCCAUCGCAGUCGCCGCUGCAGCGACCAACAUUGCUCUUGAUAUUGCCAUUACUGUGCUGCCUCUGGGCGAAGUAAUGAAGCUCAACCUCAAACCAAUCAAGAAAUUGCUGGUGAUGGUCAUGUUCUGCACUGGAUUCUUUGUGAUCAUUGUCAGCAUCGUUCGGUUCAAAACCGUGGUAGCGUUUGCCCACAGCUUCAAUCAGACGUAUGACAACGUUCCCAUGGCAUAUUGGUCUGCCAUAGAAUGCUACACCGCUAUCAUCUGCGUCAGUAUGCCGACCGUACGUCGGUUGUUUAUCUCCAUUUUCUCUUGCUGCGGCACUGCAAACUCGCAUGCGACCCCGACACAACGCCAUCGCUCCAAAGAUCUGGUUAUUUUACGAACGACCGACACUAGAGUCAGUCGCGAACCGCGGCCCCGACAGGAUUCGGAUACAAUGAAUUUGGUGGUUGUGGAGCGCACGGGCAAAGUAAUUCAACAAUAA